AUGGACAGGCCUGGGUCCCCACCGGGACCGCAAGGACAGACCUGGGCCCCCAUCAUGACCCCAAACCCAGACCACUACCAACCGGGACCACACAAACAGACAAUGACUCUCACGGGAACCCCACACACAGACCAGAUCCCAACGGGACCCCAUGGACAGACCAGGGCCCCCACCAGACCCAAUGGACAGGCCAGGGAGCUCACUGGGUCCCAAUGGACACACCAAGGCACUCAUGUGACGCCACGGGCAGACCAUUUCCCAAAGUCACCACACAGACAGACCAGGCCCUACUGGGACCAUACAGACAAACCAGGUCCCCCACCGGGACCCCACACACAGACCAGCCCCCAGCGGGAACCAACGGACAGACCAGAGCCCCCACUGGAACCCCAUAGACAAACCUUUGCCCCUACUGGUACCGCAUACACAGAAGUACCCCACUGGACACAGUGGGACCCCACGGACACACCAGGGCCCCCACUGGGACCCCACCUACAGACCAGGGCCACCAUCGGGACCCCAAGGACAUACCAGAACCCCCACCAGUACCCCAUGGAAAGACCAGGGCCCCUAGAGGGACCGCACGGACAAGCCAGGGCCCCAGCAGCACCCCACGGACAGACCAGGGCCCUCAUCGGUACCCCACACAGAGACGACUACCAACCGGUGCCACACAGACAGACCAUGGACCCCACUGGGACACCACACACAGACCCCAAAGAUAAACCAGGGCCACCAGCAGGACCCCACGAACAGAGCUUGGCCCCCACCCGUCCCAAUGGAUAG